CGCUGUCGAUGUUUCAACUUCUACGCAUGAACGUACUGUAUUUCACUUUCCUAAGCAUAAGUUUGGAAAGUGAAGCGUCUCGUUUCUGAAACAUUGGUGAACAGUUAAAUAGAAAAUGACAUCCAUGGAUUCGGGAAUCGAAACAAGUAAUAAUUCGGAUGAUGAUUCAAUCGCUCAAAAUGAAGACAUAUCAACAAAUGAAAUCAAUGUCAGUUCGGCUUUUGCAACAACGAGUAGUCAAAAUGAUAUAUGCGAAAUUGAACCAAACACUUCUCCGAUCAAACUUGGUUCUUUUCCUCAUCCAGAUUUCAGUUUUCCAAUUUCAUCGUUGGGUUCAUUCAUUUUCAUGAAUGAAAAUCGUACGUAUCCCAGAAUAUUUUGCCCGGAAAUUGUACAUGAAGUCGAAAAUUCUACACCGACUACCAGUAGUUCGGGACCAAUCGUUCAAUCCAUUGAUACUUCAACAAAGCUAGAGUUUGUUCCAGAUUUAUCAGAUGUGACAUUAUUAAAAAACACAAAUAGGAGAAUGAAAUCUCUUCGCAUAACACAUCGAAAUGAACGCAGAAUGAGAAUUGAUGCAGCCAUAUACAACACUGCUAUGAUGGAAAGAAUUGUAACUUGUGGUAUAUCUAAUACUUGUGAAAUACUGGGACGAACUCCAUUUAAUCUUGUUUCCAGCAGUAAUGAUCGCAGAAUGAGAAUUGCUGCAGCCACAAACAACACUCCUAUGAUAAGAAGACUUCUAAGUUGUCGUGUUACACCCAAUAAUUGUGAUACACAGGGACGAACUCCACUUCAUCUUGCUUCCAGCAGGGGUUAUGCAGAAAUAGUACGUUUACUAUUGCAGAAUGGUGCAGAUCCUAACCUUCAGGAUUGUGUAGGUAAUAAUCCAUUACAUUUAGCAUCUGCAACAUAUCAAGUAUCAGUGCUUGUUCUUCUUCUAAACGCGGGAACAAAUCUUUUUUGUUCAAAUCACGAUGGUCACACUCCAAUACAAUUAAUACGGUCGAAAUUAGAAAGCAGAAAAGAGCUUUCAUAUAAAUCUUCUGCUCUGGACAGAAUGAAAAUAAGAGAAGAAAUUCAUCUUAUAACUAAGAUAAUGGUUGCAUAUGUAGAACGGUACGCUUCCAAGAAUAUGGAACCUGUGUACUCCCCUUAUUCGCGUUUACCUUCAUCUAGUACCACCGUGCAAGUUCUGGAUGAUGUGAAAGAACUGCUGUCUGAUUUAGAUGCUCUGUCUUUAACGCAUUAA